GACACUGACAAUACUGACAUUGACAUUGGUAAGAAUUUAGAAGGAUUAGGAUAGGACGUUUUUGAGAAGAAAAAUAUAAUUAAAUUAAACGGAGUAUUAAAAAUAUUUCAAAAUGAGCCUUAUUGGAAAGCUUGUGCAGCAGCUGAAAAGCAAAGAGUUUAGACAGUAUUUAAUGAGCACCCAUUUUUGGGGUCCAGUAGCCAAUUGGGGUAUACCAUUAGCCGCGAUAGCAGAUACACAGAAAGACCCUGCCAUUAUCAGUGGAAAAAUGACAUUAGCCUUAUCCAUAUACUCGUUGAUGUUCAUGAGAUUCGCGUGGCGUGUGCAGCCGCGUAACUUGUUGCUGUUUGCCUGCCAUCUCACUAACGAAGCCGCACAGUUGACACAACUCGCACGAUUCGUCAACCACCACUACAUAUCGAAAGGACCCGAGCAGAAAACCAAAUAAAUUCUGCAAUGAUACAGAUUGGAACAUCGCUGACAGUAAGUGCCUUAAAUAUUGCAGGCAAAUUGUCUUUAAAAGAUUCAUUUGUCCAAUGAGGGUUUUCGAUUAUCAACCGACUUAAAAAAGGAUGUCAGAUUUUUCCCUUUUUGUCACCAUUGGCGCUAGUGUCGCUUUAGGCCACUCAACUUAGCUGUUAAUAGUGGACUGUGAGUUUGAGCAAAGUACUAUGAGGUUAAUACCUGAUGUUAUUGUAUCAAUUCAAUAACCCUGUGAAUUCUAUUGGUUAAAAGACCACUCCAGUGCCUUUCGCGACACGAACCCUCAGUACAUCAGCUAACUGACUUGACUAAAUUACCGAGAGUUGAUAAAACUAUGUCAAAUUAGUCUCCAAUGUUUAAGGUAUUUACACAAUAGAUGGCGUUGUUUAAUAUUCUGCUAGUUGAAGUUAAAUAUUUUUACCGCCCUUUUUUGUUUAAGGUUCUAAAUGAUCAAUUUUGGGUUUGGGGAUCAUCUUAAUGUUCUCUUAAAACAAUAUAGCGGUACAGAUAUUUGACAUAGUAAAAUUUUAUUUAGAUUUGGGUCUUGGCGAACUGUUAAAGAUGGUAAUUUAUUCCUUGCAUGCAUCGAAUAGAAUUGAAAGGUACUAAAGGUACGUUGAUAUUUUAUUGUUAAACGAAACUGCCCUCACUACACAUCUAUUUUAAUGUAAGAAUAUAAAGUUAGUUUACUAACUUAGGUAGUAUACUUUGUUAAAGCCUCAAUGGCCGUUAUAGGAAAAAAAAUGUAUUUUCGAAAUUGAAUUACAUGUAAAUAGUAAAUAGUGAGCAAAUGAAAUCGCCCCCUUUUUUAACAUGUAAAAAUUAACCUACUAUUAACAUCAUAAACAACCUUUUGAUCCAUUAAUAAAACUUUACAUUUGGUUCAAUUACAAUUUCAUACAAAAAUAAACGAUUUGUUUACCUGAACAAGUCCUGGAUAUCCACAAAAAGUUCUGGCUCAGAUACGACGACUUUUCCAUCCAACGAGGUCACCUUCAGUUUGAAUAGACAACUUCGACCUUCAUUGAAACAUUUUUUCCUUAUAACGGCACUAGAGGACACAUACAUAGUGUAAUUUAUUAUUCAAAUAUCUAGUUGUUAUAUAAAUUUUAAGUAGAAAUUGAGAGUUACUGGUGAAAUGUAACGCUUUUGAAGCAUUGUUAUUAUCUAUGUAAUUGUAUAUUAUGUAAAGUAGAAAUCAUGUUUAACAACGUAUUGUAAUUUUUUGCCUUACGUAGGGAUUUUUAAGAGCCUUUUUUCUGUAACAGGGAUUUAUGCAAGAUCAUAUAGUUAUGGCCUGUACGUUUAACUUUUUUUAAAUGAGAAUGCUGUAAAAAUUUUUAGUACUGGCCUGAGAUCCAUAGACAUUUAUACAACUGUAUAAAAAAAGGUUCUAUUUAGGUAAAAUUUGUGAUAUUUAGCGCACAUUUCACAUUUACGGGUUGCAAAAAAUAAAGUUUAAGAAAGUAAUGUUUAUCCUAAAGUGGACGUUUUCCAGCUGAAUUUUAAAUAUAGCAAAAAUUAUAUUUAACUUUGUAAAUAAAUAUCUUUAUAGUAAUGUUUCUACUAGAAUGCAAACAACUAACAAGAAAUAAUUUUAAUUGUGUCAAAUAGAACAAUAGUUAGCUCAAUCGUUUUACCUUGAAAUCAUUAAUAGUAAAGUAGUGUUUAGAAUAAUAACGCAUAUAUUUUGAAUAAAAAUUAAUGGGGGAUCUCCGAUUAUAUUCGUUGGGUUAGUGAUACCUAUGUAUAAAAGGCGAUAUGCCUAUGUAUAAAUGUUAUUGAUCGUGGAAUUAAGAAUUGUAUUUAUCUCCGAACGAUUUUAAAGCAUCGAUAAACUUACUGUGUUGAAAGUUGAAACAUGUAAUACGUCUUUUUGAUAAAGUUGCAGAUAUUUUUGUACCAUAUUUCUGUUCAAUGAUAAAUAUUUUUGUCAAUUGAUUUAGUGCCUUUUUUCUAUUUCGUUUUUUAAGCUGCUUGAGAAUGUUUUAUCUAUGUGUUUUACCACGCGAGGUUGUUGCUUGAGAUGGAUCUGACAGAGAGCCUUGGAAGGUAAGGUUAAGAGUAGGAGAUAAUAUUGUAACUGGAUAUUCAUUGUCUGUUGCUUCGAUAAUGGGAAUAUAUUAUGGGAAAGCUGCGAAGUUAUUUUUUAGAAGCAGGGUCUAUCCAACGUUAUGGUAUGAAGUUAUGAAAUUGUAUGACAGUAUGUAUCUGAAAAUGUGAUACCAAGGGGUAUAGGGAUAUAGGGUAAAGGCUGGCGUACGCACAUGCCUGUAAAAAUAAACCCUAUCACUAUACAUAUACGGCUUCAACUACUGCAAAGGUACAUAUAAUUUUUUAACAUGUGAUUGUUAAAUUAAUCCUUUGGGUUCGUCAGCCCUGUGUAGUAUAAGUACGAGUAUGUUGUACAAAAUAUAUAUUUAUAAUGUGAAGUUAUAUUAAAACAAGGGUAUAUUAUAUUUUUUUAAAUAUUUAUUGUAAAUUGUAUUCUGAUGAUUACACUUGUUGAUCUGU